GAACUGUGCGAGUGUGUGUUUAGCUGUGUGUGUGUGGAGGCCCAAUUGGAUUCGUAUGCGUCAUGUCCAUCGAUUUCGACUAUAAAACGAAGACAGUGAAACGAACCGUUAUCAAACAAAGCUCACAGUUUCAACUAGUCACAACUAGCCAACAAAAAAAAACAACCAACAAAACUAUCAACAUGAAAUUCUUCGCCGUCUGCUUCUUCGCUGUUGUGGCUGUCGCCGCUGCCAAGCCUGGAAUAUUGGCUGCUGCUCCUCUGGCCUACACUGCUCCAGCUGUCGUAGGUAGUGCCGCCUAUGUGGCUCCCUAUGCCUCCAGCUUCAACGCUCACCAGGUAGCCCACAGUGCUGCCUUCCCAGCUGCAUACACCGCCCCGAUUGCCGCUCCUCUGGCCGCCGCUGCUUACACUGCUCCAGUUGCUGCCUACUCUGCAUACUCCGCUCCUCUGGCCGCAGCUUACACUUCUCCCCUGGCUUACUCUGCUCCAUUGACCGCUGCCUACACUGCUCCCAUUGCCCGUUAUGCUGCCGCUGCUCCCAUCGCUGCUGCCGCUGCUCCCAUCGCUGCUGCCGCUUACACCGCACCCAUUGCAGCUGCUCCAUUGGCCGCUGCUGCUCCCGUCCUCCUGAAGAAGUAAACAACGAUCAGAAACAUGUGAUCAUAUAUUGCCCC